AAGAAGUUACUCGAAUUAAAUAUAGUCGUUUACUGUUCCUAUGGCAGAUAAAUGCUAUUAUCCUAAGCAAAAGAAAAUGGUGGACAGACAGGCUCUUGCUGUAAAGCGCAAAUCAACAAUGGGCUGCGCAGUGUCGCGAACGCUAUGUAGCUUGUAAUAUAGCUAGCUUUAGCUAUUUAACAAAAUCUGAGUUUGCUGCUAGCCAUCUGACGGAAACUAAACAAAGGGCAGGAUUUGUGGAAAAGUCAGAGAAAUACAUGGCGGUUUACUUAAUUUUGACUGAAACAAAGAUACAAAUAAAAAAAACAGCAGGGUUUUGGCGGCCUCCUUAGACAACGCUGUGGCAAAUGGCAUAAAUGUGCACACUCGUCAUUUGGUUGCCAGUAAAGCCACUUUGAGAGUAAUUUAACUGCAAUAGUCAUCUCAUCCAACCUGCAUAUUUUCAUGAAUGGACGUUUUAUUAAUCACAGUAGUGUCUUCCACAAUUUAAGGGAAAUUUGUCAAACCUUGUUAGCCCAGGCUACUGCAACACUUCUUGAUUUAUUAGUUAUAUUAGGCCUACAAUGUUAUAGUGAACAAUAAAGAUCAUCCAUUUGACACCAAUAUUUGAAAAGGCUGUCUCCUUUCUUUGGGUUGUAAUUAUACAGUUAACCUACCCUAUUAUACCCAGUCAUUGAGUAGGUAUGAGUGACCAUACUAACGUGUAUAUCAAAUUAUGGGAGAUAACUCGCAUGCCUCUUUAGAGCGCGGAUUUAUGUUAGCUAUACACUGGAUGUGCAAAAUCACAGGCCGAUUUGGGCGUUGAGUUAGGGUAUGAAGUUGUUUUCUGAUUCUAUUUGGGUUUGUGUAAAAAAGAUGAGUGAAAAUAAAAUAUACUGCACAAGGCUUUAUCUCUGUUGGAAAGAUAAGUCCCUUCCCACCAGGAUCACAUGACCACUUAAAUUACUGCAGUCUGUUUCAAGAAUGCACGGGAAAUUGAGAAUAAUUAUACACCAGAAAUAGAGAUUGUAAUCACAUAGUUCGUAAAAAAAUCAUAUAGGAUGUGCUUAUUUCCUAAAAGAAUAGCCAGUCAAAAGCCAUUGCAUUUAACAUUAAUAACAUAAAAAUGAUUUGUAAUGGGUAUAGAUGGGUUCCAAAGCAUGGGUCCGUGACAUUGCAUGACAUAUUUUGACAUUAAGACACAAAGAAAAUUGUAACAGUUGUCAAAAUAUCUACACAUGAAAUUUGUCGAUGUAUUUAGUCUAAGCUAUAAAAUACUGACUUUGCAACAACAGCACAAGGCAAGGCAAGGCAACUUUAUUUAUAUUGUGCAUUUCAUGCACAUGUGCAACUCAAUGUGCUUAACAUACAAUAACAGGAAAGACAAUAAAGAAUUAAAAUAAAUAAAAGGAUACAAAAUAAGAGUAAAGUGAAACAAGUAAAAAUAAGAUAAUAAACAUGAAAAUAAAAGAUUAAAAAGUAAGAGUAGGCUACUGGAAGAAAGAACAUAAUCAUAUGGAAUAUAGGUGCUACAACUCACAGUUUAUACAGGUACUCCUUUGUGGGGGUGCUUAGUGAAGCAAAUCAGUGUUGAGCCUUGAUUUAAAAGUAGCAACAUUUGGGGCACAUCUAAGUGUUUCUGGGAGUUUGUUCCAGGAAUAAGAACCAACAUAUUUGAAUGAUGCUUUACCAUGUUUUGUCUUAGGUCUAUAAACAGUUAGCAGUCCCUUUCCAGAAGAGUGUUCUUGAUGGUUGAUAGGAGUAAGAAGAUCUAGAUGGUAUUUUGGGCCCAAACCAUUUAGGGUUUUGUAGACCAAUAAAAUCAUUUAAAAUUAAACUCUCUUGCACAGUGGAAGCCAGUGCAAAGAUCUGAGAACGGGUGUGAUGUGGUCGUAUUUUUUGCUUUUUAUGUCUUUAGUGGACUUGGGGAAAAAGCUACUGGAAGCUUCAAGAUCAGGCCAAGAUGAUGAAGUACGGAUUCUAAUGUCCAAUGGAGCACCUUUCACAACAGACUGGCUUGGGACGUCUCCCCUGCACCUGUCCGCCCAGUAUGGACAUUACUCAACCACAGAGGUUUUACUGAGGGCGGGUGUAAGUCGAGAUGCUCGGACCAAAGUUGACAGAACCCCUCUUCAUAUGGCUGGCUCAGAAGGGCAUGCUAGCAUUGUGGAGGUGCUACUAAAGCAUGGGGCUGACGUCAACGCCAAAGACAUGCUGAAAAUGACAGCGCUCCACUGGGCUACUGAACACGGCCACCGAGAAGUUGUGGAGCUCCUCAUCAGAUAUGGCACUGAUGUCCAUGCCCAGAGCAAAUUCUGCAAAAAUGCCCUCGACAUCGCCUUGGAUAAUGGGAAUGAAGAGCUUGCUGAGAUUCUUCAGGUGGCCAUGCAAAACCAGAUCAACACAAACCCAGAGAGUCCAGACACAGUGACGAUACACACAGCCACGCCACAGUUUAUCAUCGGGCCAGGAGGAGUGGUGAACCUGGCUGGACUAGUCUCCUCAGGGAACUCUGCUAAAUCAGUUAUGGCGACCGAGGAGGUUGUGACUGCAGACACUGUGGAUGGUGCCAUUCAACAGGUCGUGAACGCCGGUGGUCAGCAGGUGAUUACCAUCGUAACAGAUGGCAUUCAGCUGGGCAACCUCCAGGCGGGUGGUCAGCCAAUCAUCGUGACCAUGCCAGAUGGUCAGCAAGUGUUGACAGUUCCUGCCACUGACAUCGCAGAAGAGACCGUCAUCAGUGAGGAGCCCACUAUGAAACGGCAGCGCAUAGAAGUGCUGGAAAAUAUCACAGUGUGCCAGGAAAUAGAGGAGAAGGAAACCCUUCAGAAGCAGUUAGACGAGGCCAAUCGCGAGGCGCAAAAAUACAGACAGCAGCUCUUGAAGAAAGAGCAGGAGGCCGAGGCCUUCAGACAAAAGCUUGAGGCCAUCACUAGUCAGCGCGGGAAGAAAGCAGCGUGAGGCUCAUGUGAGAGACGAUGUGAGACUCUCUGAGACACACACAGCUCACGGAGGAGGACACGCGCCAAGCCCGGGGAACAACGCUAAACACACGCAAACACACAGGGGGACUUGUGUGGCUGGCUUGAGUGUGAGACAUGGUUUUCAUUUGAGAUGGACAGUACGAGUAAGGCCACUGUGGACUUUGGGCUCAAGUUCAUCUUUCUGAGGCUCGUGAGGGACUGGUGUUGGCGGCGGAAGGCUGAUUUCCCAAGCAGGUCUCCUUCCAAAAGCCACCUCUCUAUGAGCUCCUACAGUGUGGUUCUGUGUGGCCGCUCUACGACAACCAGCCAAAUCCCAAUAGUGAUUCUUAGAAUUGAAAACAGAAUUUGAAUGAAAAUUAAGUUUGAAUUGAAUUGAAAUUCCUGAUUUGCCCUGAAUUUACUUUUUACCUUGGUCAAAUCACUGCCCGAUUAUCUGAGUAUGUUGUAAAUAAUAAGGUGUCGUCCAUAUUGUUACAACAUCAGUAAAUCUGAUGGCAAAUUGUUUGUAAAUCUCCAGUUGCUGACAACAUACAAUGUAUUUUGUCAACCCUGUCAUUUCCUAAAAUAAGAUUUUUAAUGAAUUUUUGCUGAUCAAUGGUCUUUCCCAUGACUGCCAUUUACUGUCUUCUAUACCAUCAAGUACAAAGACAGAAGACCACCAUUACCUUCUACAUAACUGAAGACCACCAUUACCUUCUACAUAACUGAAGACCACCAUUACCUUCUACAUAACUGAAGGAGAUGAACACUAUUUUCCACUUUCUGAAAGGGAUAGAGCAUGAUUUAACAUGACACUAACCAUGUUCUCAUGUGUUUUACUGACAUUUUUGGAAAUGUUUUGGCACAUGUUGCCAGCAUUUAGCAUCGUAUUUCUGAAAUCAGUCAAAUUGUAUGCAUGCCUAGCUACCAAAAUGUAGUAGUUUUCUGACAGGAAUUAUGUGGGAGUAUGAUCCAUCCAUGGGCUUGUCUGUGGAAAGUGGCCUUAUGUCUAUCCUGUUAUGAGUGAUAGCUGGAACAAAAAGGCCACAAAAGCUUGGCAUUUUAAGCAAAAGGCAUAAACAGGUCAAUAUCAACAUCUGAACACACAUAGUUGUGGUAAAGUUUUUAACAAAUGUGACAAUUUGUUACAUUGCACAAUAUGUUGUCUACAUAUGAUUUAAUGUGUGCUAUGUUAUAUGUAUGUGCAUCCCUAAACAUGAUACUGAACUAAAUCCUUCAUAAAUCACUGUGGAAACCUUUUUAUA